AUGUCUUACUCUAUCCGCAAGAUUGCCCAGCCUUACACGCUGGAGCACCGUGUCUAUAUCGAGAAGGAUGGCCAAAUCGUCUCCCCCUUCCACGACAUUCCCCUCUACGCCAAUGCCGAGAAGACCAUUCUGAACAUGGUCGUUGAGAUCCCCCGCUGGACCAACGCUAAGCAGGAGAUCUCCAAGGAGGAGUUCCUCAACCCCAUCAAGCAGGACACCAAGAAGGGCAAGCUCCGCUUCGUCCGUAACUGCUUCCCCCACAAGGGCUACCUGUGGAACUACGGUGCCUUCCCCCGCACCUGGGAGGACCCCAACUCCAUCCACCCCGAGACCAAGGCCAAGGGUGACAACGACCCUCUCGAUGUUUGCGAGAUCGGUGAGCUUGUCGGCUACCCCGGUCAGGUCAAGCAGGUCAAGGUUCUGGGUGUCAUGGCCCUGAUCGAUGAGGAGGAGACCGACUGGAAGGUCAUCGUCAUCGACGUCAACGACCCCCUCGCCGCCAAGCUGGACGACAUCGAGGACGUCGAGCGCCACCUGCCCGGCCUUCUGCGUGCCACCAACGAGUGGUUCCGCAUCUACAAGAUCCCCGAUGGCAAGCCUGAGAACCAGUUCGCCUUCUCCGGCGAGUGCAAGAACAAGAAGUACGCCGCCGAUGUCAUCCACGAGUGCGCCGACGCUUGGGAGAAGCUCAUCUCCGGCAAGGUCUCCCCCGGUGAGAUCUCCAUCGCUACCACCAACACUGAGGGCGCUGCCGUCUCCGCUUCCCCCAACGAGGUUGCCGCCAUCCCCCAGAACGAGAACCUGGCUCCUGCCCCUAUCGACGGUACCGUCGACAAGUGGUUCUUCAUCUCUGGUGCUACCGUGUAA